GCAGAAAUCCAGCUUCCUGCCCAGCUACAUCAUCGACGUGCGGCAGCUGGACGAGAAGCUGCUGAACAUCGUGGACAUGCAGUUCCUGCACGGUUACUACGAGCCCACCCUCCUCAUCCUCUUCGAACCCAACCAAACCUGGCCGGGGCGCGUGGCGGUGCGGCAGGACACGUGCAGCAUCGUGGCCAUCUCGCUUUUUGUCAUCUGGUCCCUCAGCAGCCUCCCCUUCGACUGCACGCAGGCGCUGGCCGUCCCCAAGCCCAUCGGGGGCGUGGUGAUCUUCGCCGUCAACUCCCUGCUCUACCUCAACCAGAGCGUCCCCCCCUACGGGGUGGCCCUCAACAGCCUCACCAACGGCACCACCGUCUUCCCGCUGCGGGUGCAGGAGGGGGUGCGGCUGACGCUGGACUGCGCCCAGGCCACCUUCAUCUCCCACGACAAGAUGGUCAUCUCGCUCAAGGGGGGGGAGAUGUGA